UGCAAGUCUGCAACUCUAAAGAGAUGAAUCUAUCAGUAUUGUUUGUUAUGGUUAUGUUAUAUACCAUGUGUUUUCAGGUAUUGAAAACACAGCAGCUUCAAGUAGGAUUUUACAGGACUAACUGCAGUAAUGCUGAAUCUAUUGUUAGACAAGAGGUUGAAAGGGCCUUUUUCUUUGACGACAAGGGUAUUGCAGCUGGUCUCAUCAGACUGCAUUUCCAUGACUGCUUUGUCAGGGGUUGUGAUGGAUCAGUCCUUAUAGAUUCGACGCCAAAUAAUGUGGCAGAGAAGGAUAGUCCAGCCAAUGGCAUCUCUCUUCGAGGCCUUGAUGUCAUUGACAGGGCUAAGGCCAGACUUGAAGCUGCAUGUAGAGGCGUAGUCUCUUGUGCUGAUAUCCUUGCAUUUGCUGCAAGAGAUUCUACUGAAAUUACUAAAGGAAUAGGAUGGCCUGUACCAGCAGGGAGGCGAGAUGGGAGAGUUUCUCUUGCUGCCGAGACAGUUGCAUUACCUCCACCAACAUUUAACGUAACUCAAUCUACUCAAGCAUUCGCUAAUAAGGGACUAUCUCAGAAAGACAUGGUCAUUCUACUAGGAGCACAUACAGUUGGUCGGUCACAUUGCACAUCAUUCAGCAAGAGGCUGUACAAUUUUAGCCCGACAACAAGUCAAGAUCCCAGCUUAGAUCCUUUUUUUGCAUGGUUUUUGAAGUCACAGUGUCCUCUAGAUGGACAGGGAAACAUUGAUCCGAAUUCAGUAGUUCAGAUGAACAGAAGCCCAAAUCUUCAGGACAACAGCUACUACGCGGAUAUAUCAGCACAUCGUGUGGUAUUAACCUCAGAUGAAACUCUGAAUAGUAACUCACAAACUUUGUCACUAGUGAAUGAGUAUGCAUCAAACAAUACCAAGUGGCUAAUCGAUUUCGCAGGAGCAAUGGUAAAAAUGAGUAAGAUAGGGGUGCUUACAGGUACUGCAGGAGAGAUUAGAUCCAACUGCAGGGUCAUCAACCCAUAGUAAAAAAGCUCAUGUAUCUAAUAAGUUACCAUGCAAUAAUCUUUUUGCAGGUUGUAACAAUUUGUACUACUACUAAAUGACAAGAUAAAUCCUAUGAUAAUUUACAGUUUAUGUUUGAA